AGUCAGAAUUUUUACGCCGUCUAUAGGGUUACCUACGCCAUGGCAUACUUAAAAUUCUUGGAGCCGUCUUUACAGUUUAUAAAUCAAAUCUGGCGUAGGAUGUCCUUAGAGCCUUCAGAUGAGGUGAAAACUGGCCCGUGCGAAAUAUGUAAGAUCCCAACCGAAAAAAAAUGUUCUACCUGCAAGUUGGUGUACUAUUGCUCUCAGGAACACCAAAAGGAGCAUUGGAAAGAUCAUAAGGAAGCUUGCAGACCUUAUAAAGUCUGCGAGUCCCAAGAUUUGGGUAAGCAUUUGGUGGCAGUUCGUGAUCUACAACCUGGCGAUGUUAUUUUUACCGAAACGCCUUUAGUUUUCGGUCCAAAACCACACAAGAUCGAAGAGGGACCGUUUCCUUGCGUUGGCUGCUGCAAGCUUAUAGAUACCUCUCAGUACAGUAGAUGCCCAGAGUGUGUUUGGCCUUGUUGUGGCCCAGAUUGUGAGGGACUUAAAGCCCCAAAGCUGCACGGAUUCGAAUGUAGGGUACUUAGGUUAAGACCCCCCAUGGAAAGUGCCUCUUUUUACGAGUACUUUAGGUUCGAUGUUCUUAUCAUAUUACGCGCUUUGUACCUGCAAAAAUCCAGCAAGGAGAAGUGGAAUCAUUUGAUGAGUUUGGAGAGCCAUAUGGACAAACGUGGGGAGGAUACCGAUGUUUAUAGAUUAAUACAAGAAAAAGUAGCUCAUUUGGAGCAGAACUACCUUAAACCAUUGAAAGCCUACGAACAUGAAAUAGGCGAGGAAAUUUUGCCUGAGGUAUCAAGCGAGGUAAUCCACAAAAUCUACGCCAUAUUGGAUGUGAAUGCUACAGAAACCACGGAAGAUUUCGAUGCUGAAAUUCUAUACCCUACAGCUUCCUUGGUAGAGCACAAUUGUGUCCCAAACACAUCCCAAUGCAUAGAUGAGAAAAACAAUUUCCUCGUCACAUUUAGAGCUGCUUUGCCAAUAGAAAAAGACGCCCAUAUAACCUCCAUUUACACCCAUAUACUUUGGGGGACGUAUGCUAGAAGGCAACACUUAAAGAAGACUAAAUAUUUCGAUUGUCGAUGUGAUAGAUGCAAGGAUCCCACGGAGUUGGGGUCUUUGGUUAGUGCUUUGAAAUGUAUUGGGACUGAGGAGGUGCCUUGUGGGGGAACGCAGUUGCCCCUGAACCCCCUUGACGACGAAACCAACUGGGUUUGCGAUACUUGCAACAUAGAACUCCCAAAUAAGGAUAUAAUGAAGUUUGUUGAGCAUCUCAGUGGUGAAGUUGAGAAAGUUAUGGUGAAGAAUCCUUCUUUAUCCGAACUGGAAGAUGUUUUGAAUAAGUUGAUGAAUUUUUUGGGCAACAAUCACUAUUUAGUGUACAUUAUUAAGCACACCAUGGUGCAAUUGUACGAUAAAGUUGAUAGUGAUGGUUUGGAGGUAUCCAACAGUAUUCUGGAGGAAAAAUUGAGGAUGUGCGAAAAUUUGAUUGAUAUCAGCAAGAGGUUAGAUCCAGGGAACUCCAGAUUAAACUUAUACCUAGCUGUUCUCUUGAACGAGUAUUUUAAUGCUAAGCUGAAAAUCUUCGAGAGGGCUUUCGACAGUGAAAAGAAGGAUGAGUACAACACAAGUCUGAAGGAGUUGCUGGCCAUUCUAGAGGGCAACAGAAGGGUUUUGCAAAACGAACUCAAAUCUGUAGCGGGUUCAAAACUCAACCAAUUAGUUUGCGAGAACGAGUUGAAGUUAUUAAACUGGAUACACGAAAAUAAAAUAGAUGUAUAAUAAAAACUACAUUCUUCCGGAAAAUAAAUUGUUGGCAAUUAGCCAGGCUAUAUUAUUCUAUUAAAAC